CGUAAGGAAUAAAAAGAAGACACUAUUUAAUAUAGGUAUAGCAUCAUUAGUUCGUUCUACUCUGGACCAAGGAUAUACAUAUACAGCAUAGUUUGUAUUCUCUCGCUCUUUUAACUCGGACAUCUGUUGACAAGGCGUCGAACAUCAGUGGAGAGUGAAGCGGUCAUGGCCUCCACGGAAAAUGAAAAGAAAUUCAACCGCUAUCAACUUUUAUGUCAUGAACAGGUUGAGAGACUUGAAAAAGUUAUGGGAUCUGUGUUCCCUGUACAUGGAAGGAACCACUACCCAACUUUGGAUAUAAAACUGAAGGAUUUGGUUCGUGUAGUGUCAAAUAAGCUCAAGGGAGAUGGAGUUAAAAUCCGAGAUAUCCGAAUAAAUGGAGGCGCAGCAAGUUAUAUCGUUUCCAAUGAUGACGUCCACUCAUACAAUGAUUUAGAUUUGAUUUUCGGAGUUGAUUUGGUCAGUUCCAAUGAUUUACAGAAAAUCAAAAAUGCGGCACUUGAUUCGCUGCUUGACUUCCUUCCAAAGGGCGUGAAUAAGGAUAAAAUGAGUCGACCAGCUCUGGCGAGCGCCUAUGUACAGAAACUGGUGAAAGUUACCCAAUCAAAAGACAGAUGGAGUCUCAUUUCCCUGUCAAACAAUAAGGGAAGAAAUAUUGAACUGAAGUUUGUGGACACAAUGAAGCGACAAUUCGAAUUUAGCGUCGAUUCCUUCCAAGUCAUUUUGGAUAGCCUUCUAACAUUUUAUACGAUAUCCGAGACCUCAUCUACUCCCAUGAGCCAACAUUUCUACCCGACUGUUGUCGCGGAAAGUGUGUAUGGAAAUUUCAGCGAAGCUUUAGACCACCUUCAUAAUAAACUAAUCGCAACUCGCAAUCCCGAGGAAAUACGUGGCGGCGGUUUGCUAAAAUACUGUAAUCUCCAAGUGAGAGGAUAUACACAUGCAAAAAAUGUGGAUUGCAAAGCUCUGGAGCGAUAUAUGUGCUCACGAUUCUUUAUCGAUUUCACAGACAUACGGACUCAGCAGAGUAAACUGGAAAAUUAUCUCGCGAAUCAUUUUGCGGGAGACGACCAACUUAAAUAUGACUAUCUAGUGUUAUUAUACAACGUGGUGAACGCUAGCACCAUAUGCUUAAUGAAUCACGAACGACAGCAAACUUUAAACCUGAUCCAGGAAUUAGCCAAUCAGGCUUGUGUGAAUUUAUCACCUCCAAUCCCUGGUCCCCUCCCAGAAAAUCGUACCAUGAAUGAAGGUACAGAGUUUGCACCCAGUUGA